CACCCAAACCUUUUAUCAGCUGGCUCUGCCUCCAGCUGUUUUGUCUUGCCUCAGCCAUUCCUGUGCCAAAGAUGAUCCUCCUGGGUUACCCAACUGCUCUUCUGAUGUGUUCUUUCUGCUCCAGGGUCUGGUCUUUGGUUUCUCCAGAUCCGGGACUUCUCUCUCAAGGAAAGGCUCAGUGGCAACAAGCCCGUGAGUUGGCUCGGCACCCUCGCUAUGGUGCCUGUUGGACAAGGGCCUUGAGCCUGUUGGACAUUGGGUGUAGGGAGUUGGAUGAAGAGCAGCAAAGCCGCAUUGCACUUGCCUUUGCCCAUUGCCAUCUUCAAAGGUCUGGGAGGAGUUUUCCACCAUGCGAGCCUCACAGCUCCAUCCGUGACUGCACACAACACAUGGACCCUGUGGCAUUUGGGGUGUACACAGAGUUUUUCACCCAUGCUCACAGUAUCUGCUAUUUCCUGCACAAUGAGGCCUGGCAACAGCGAGCUCAAGAUACUGUGCACAGGCUGACAUCGUCUUCUGAGACUGUAGCCCGCCAACUGGAAUCCACCAAUCGGCUUGCCGAAAAGAUCGCCCUGGCACAGAACGCUACCUUGCGCUCUCAGGAGCAGAUCCUGCAAGAUGGAGAGCUGCUACGGCAGACACUCCAUGACUCCUCCCGAGGGGUGCGCCAAGCCUUCCAAGAACUGCAGUACUCCGCCAGCGAGCAGCGAGUGGCCUUUGCAGAGAUCUUCAACCGGGUGGCUUUCCUGCACAACUUCAUAGUGGGGGAAUCGAGUGCUUUGUACUCUGUCUUUUUCCAUCUCCUGAGUGGGGCCGCCAGCCUGGUGUUGACCUCUUGCCAACGGACUGCAGGAGCACGGUUUAUUUUGCUUACCUUAGUGGGCAUUAAUAUUUACCUAGAACGUGUCAUCUGCAGCUUUCUCAUGGAUCACCAGGACGGUGGCGAUGACCUGAUGGAGAACAUCUCCUUCUGGGUAGGCCUGUCCCGCCGUGGUUUUGCUGGUCUGGGCCUUGCGAUAACCACUUAUUUUAUCUGGACCUACAAAGAUCCAGCCAAGCAGAGCCAGCAGGUUCUGCAAAGCCUACAGGAGACCCGGACGGAGAUUAGGAGACUUCUUCAAGAAACAGAGCUCUUUCUUCAAGAAACUCUACUGAAUGCAGAAAAUGAAGAAUUCACUGACUCAGGAUUCCCGGAGCUGCCGUCCUGUUCAGAGUACAGAACUAACAAACAGAAGCAGGAAGAAAUCUGGACUAGUAGCCCAAAGCAGAGAGGGCGCUCACCAUCCCGAAGGCGCUCACGAUCCCGAGGGCGCUCACGUUCCCGAGGGCGCUCACGUUCCCGCGUCCACUGCUCACCGUCCCGCAAGCGCAGUAAGGCCCAGAGGAUUGCCGUCCAGCCACUGGAAAUCCCAGUAUUUCUAGAGGAUAGGCUGCGCGACAACUUUCCGAGCGGCGAUCCCUUGGAGCCCCUUCCUCCCCAGGCAGUCCUUAAAGGUCAACUCACUGAAUCCCAAGGGCAGCAGAGAAGACUCCGGAGCCCUCCUCUCAAUGUGCGCACGAACAGCCGGAAGGGGAAGUUGCUUCUGGCUGAGCAACCCAGGAGUCCUCCAUCGCAAGCAAGGUAGAAAAAAAAUUAGCCCUACUGAAGGAACUGAGCAAAAAUGGGGAGAUAGGAUUCCUACUUUCAGUUCUCCACCACUCAGAAGGGGUUGUUCCUUUGGACAGAGCACAUGCUUUGGUGGACCACCUUGUUUUACAUGCUGGACUAAAGAGAUGAGCUUAGGGGUAUGAUUUCAAGACACUGAAUCCCCUGAAGGAGGGAGAGUCGUGCCCAACUUUUAACAUGCUGUGUGAUUCAGACACACACACACUUUUUAAACACAGCUAAUCUUCCUUUUCAUCUCCCUGCUUAGCAAGAAUUUCUUCCACAGCAAGACCUGGUGGCAACGAGUAAUCUUCAGCUGUUUGCAGUCUAAUUGCAAGAGGAAUAAGGA